CCCCGCCCCGUGGUCAGCCUCCUCCAUCGCGCUCCACGUGUCUGGGCAGACGAGCGGCUCGGCCUGCCAACUAGAAACUAAACAACGACAACGCGCCGAAUUACUCGGCUUUAUACAACAACAACAAUAACAAUUUGUUUGUUUGUUUGUUAUCCUGCACGUGAUUUGCCUCGUCUCUCGUCGGAGCCAUGUCGGACAACGAAGACAAUUUCGAUGGAGAUGAUUUCGCUGAAGAUGAGGAGGCGAUGGACGACCUCGACAAUGCCGAGGAGGAGGGCGAGGAGAGAGUGGAGGUGCUCGCUGCGGGAGAUGGGACCCCAGGGGCAGCGAAGAGAAUCACCACUCCGUACAUGACCAAGUACGAGAGGGCACGAGUCCUGGGCACCCGCGCCCUGCAGAUCGCCAUGUGCGCCCCAGUCAUGGUGGAGUUGGAAGGGGAAACCGAUCCACUGCAGAUCGCUAUCAAGGAACUCAAGGCUCGGAAAAUACCCAUCAUCAUCAGGAGGUAUCUGCCCGACGGGAGCUACGAAGACUGGGGAGUGGAUGAACUCAUAGUCACGGACUGAACACACAUGGUUAUUCAGAUUCAUGGGGAUGGAGGGUUAGGACUCGGUUCCAAGAGACCAGGUCUCAGGGUCUUGAGACUCGGCUCCAGGAGACCGGGUCUCAGGAUCUUGAGACUCGGCUCUAGGAGCCCGGGUCUCAAGUGUCUUGAGACUCGGCUCCAGGAGACCGGGUCUCAAAGUCUUGAGACUUGGCUGCAGGAGACCGGUUCUCAGGAUAUGGCAAGUUUUAGUGUUGUGUAGACUUUUACGCAUCAUAUUAAAUGAAACAAAAACUCAUCAAGAAUUGUACAUUUCGGAAUUUGACAAGUUGUAUCGUUGUAAUCUUUUUUGAAAAUAAACAUUUUUAAAAAUCA